AUGGCCGCUUUACUGAUGCCACGCAGGAACAAAGGGAUGAGAACCCGCCUGGGAUGCCUGUCUCACAAGUCAGACUCGUGUAGUGAUUUCACAGCUAUUCUUCCCGACAAACCCAACCGUGCCCUCAAGAGACUAUCCACAGAAGAAGCCACGAGGUGGGCAGAUUCCUUUGACGUGCUUCUCUCCCAUAAGUAUGGGGUGGCCGCCUUCCGCGCCUUCUUGAAGACCGAGUUCAGCGAGGAGAACCUAGAAUUCUGGCUGGCCUGUGAGGAGUUCAAGAAGACCAGAUCAACGGCAAAACUGGUCUCCAAGGCCCAUAGGAUCUUUGAGGAGUUUGUGGAUGUGCAAGCUCCGAGGGAGGUAAACAUAGACUUCCAGACCCGAGAAGCCACGAGGAAGAACAUGCAAGAGCCAUCCCUGACUUGCUUUGACCAAGCGCAGGGAAAAGUACACAGCCUCAUGGAGAAAGACUCUUAUCCCAGGUUCCUGAGGUCCAAAAUGUACUUAGAUUUGCUCUCCCAAAACCAGAGGAGGCUCAGUUAG